GAAGUGAUGCUGAUGAUGCUGCUGCUGGUGGACGGGGCUUGCCGUGUUCCCGUGGAUGUGUUGACACGCAUUUCUGCUCCAUAUUCUUGAUUAAACCGACAGGAGGAAGGAGGAAUGAAAGCGGAGCGAGCCGCUGCAUCUCCACCAUGCAACCAUCGACUACCGGCCGUCCAUUUUACUUGACUAUAUGAGCCGAUGAGCAACCGUAUGUCCGGUCAAAGCGGUCCCGACCAUGACAACGUAAGACAACGCCUCGCUGCAGCUACACACAGGGAAUGAAAACGCUUCCAAGAUGGUCCGCAUCGCCAAGGCCCUGGGUUUGAUUAUUCUGUGCGUCGUUGUGCUCAUCCUGUCGCUCAUCAGUUAUGUGUCUCUGAGAAAAGACAGCUUCGGCUCCUCUAAAUAUUACAUGGGGGGCCCGCGGAUUAUGUUUCAUGCAGGCUUUCGGUCUCAGUUUGCCAUGAAUUUCCUGGACCCAUCCUUCAUCCCAUUAACCAACGCCUUGAAUGAGGAACUCCAAGGAAAACCGUCCAAAUGGAAGUUUAACAAGACAGCAUUUUACAAGCAAAGGAAAGAUAUCUUCAACUACAUUGACAUUCCACACAACUUUUCCCUCACAAAGGACAGUGUGCGUGUUGGCCAGCUGAUGCAUUUUGACUACUCCAGCCACAAGUAUGUCUUCUCCAUCAGUAAUAACUUCAAGUCACUGCUCCCUGAAAUCUCUCCUAUCCUCAACAAACAUUACAGUAUGUGUGCUGUGGUGGGAAACAGUGGCAUCCUAACAGGCAGUCACUGCGGCCCUGAAAUCGACCAAGCCGACUUUGUCUUUCGCUGCAACUUCGCUCCCACAGAGGUUUAUUCCAAGGAUGUGGGAAGGAAGACCAACCUGACCACCUUUAACCCCAGCAUCCUGGAGAGGUACUACAAUAACCUGCUCACCAUUCAAGACAGGAAUAACUUUUUCCUCAAUCUGAAGAAGCUGGAGGGAGCCAUCCUGUGGAUCCCUGCCUUCUUCCUUCAUACAUCUGCCACAGUAACCCGGACCCUGGUGGACUUCUUCGUGGAGCACAAGGGCCAACUGAAAGUCAAAUUGGCCUGGCCAGGAAAUAUCAUGCAUGAUGUCAACAAAUACUGGAAGACUAAAAACCUCUCUCCAAAACGUCUCAGCACUGGGAUCCUCAUGUACACAUUGGCCUUCGCCAUGUGUGAUGAAAUUCACCUCUAUGGCUUUUGGCCCUUCGGCUGGGAUCCCAACACAGGCAAGGACCUGCCUUAUCACUACUAUGACAAGAAAGGGACCAAAUUCACUACAAAAUGGCAAGAGACUCACCAGCUACCCAGUGAAUUCAAGCUGCUCUACAAGCUGCACAGGGAAGGCGUGACCAAACUCAGCCUAACGCACUGCACGUAGAGAUUUGUCAUGAACCAGAUGGUUAUAUCAGAGUUGAUUCAGAAGACCAUGACCAAUAAACAUCAGCUCAGAUCAAACUUUUGUUGUGAUAUACAUGAUAAGCAUGGUAUGUGUCAAAGCAACUUAUUAUCAUUCUAACACCUAUCAUUCAAACAUAUAUGACUAUAAUUUCACUUGACAUUGUCAGACUCGGGGUGUAAAUUGCAGCAUUGUAAUUAAUUCAGUAUAUUCUUGUGUUGAUAGGUAAAUUUAGGACUAUCAUGCUACUCAAUUGCUUCCAUUAUUGUAUGUAAAAUGGCUGCUGACUGUGGCUAAACAGAAAAGAACAAAUAUUUAUUUCAGCUGGAAUCCAUUCAGCUCUGGAGACACAGAAAGUAAAAUUUUUAAAUUCUGAUCGAUACAGAUUAAACACCUUUACAAUAGUAUUCUGAUUCUGUACACUGAAACCACUGCCUAAUCUCAGGGAAAGAGUUAGAUCAGUGUUUUUUUUGUAAUCAGAUUCAAUGCCUCAAGAGUAGUACAGUUCCUCUUUUCAGGCCUUUACCCCAAUGAGGAGUCACACAAUCUGUACUGCUCUGAAAGAUAUUUGUUUACAAGAGUAUACUCUAUAAAUAUCUGUGUUUUAUUUCCUGUAAACAGUGCGAUUGUCCACUUAAAAUUUUGUUUAGAUUUUUCAAAAUUUUUAAAUGAUAAUCAACAUUCCAACAAUAAGCCAUAAAUUCAUAAACAAACAAUAUUCUGUUGUCAUUACAGUAUAUAAUUGGAGAGAGUGGCCUACAUUAGGUUCUGAGAAUAGAAAUUAUAAAUACCUUCUUGUAAAACUUAAGGCCCACAGCUAAACUAGUGGUAAGAUUCAAAUAACAGAGCAUUGGUUUUCUAACAAUAGAUUCAAGAGACAAUAAUUUUGCAUCACAAACAAAUGAAAGUGAUUAUUAUGAUCAAGUUUGGAUCAUGUUCUAUUUGAGUUAAGGUAUUUCAGGUUUACUUUACAUGUUUAACUAGAUUUAAACAGAUUUCAUAAAAGAAAAUGGGGUAAAUGGAUCUUAAAAUACAAAUAACAAAAUGUGGUUAUAAAUGUUUUAUUAUUUUUAGCUGAACUUCCAAUUUAAAAGUGAAUAUUUAAAAUAUUGCAUUUUUAUGCAGAUUUACUCUAUUUUAAUUUUUCCAUGGAACAAAAAUAGGCUCAGCAAUUUUGUCAGAGGGCGGUAAAGUGUUACCAAAAAGAGCAAAGCUUGCUUCUUGUUUCUGUAUGCAGUCUUUAUGCCUAUAAGUUAAAGUAUGCUAAUGGCUAAUAAGAUUUUGACCUUCUAAAGUAGCUUAUUUGUUCUUCUUUUGCUUAAAGUUAUAGCUUUUAUGUGACUGAAAACCCAACAUGUAAGCAGCUACAGAUUUGCUAUAAGUGCUAGCAGUCUGAAAUGGCUAUGAUUUAGUUCAGUGCGAGUGGCUUAUAUCAAGCUAUGCUAAAAUGAUCAUUUAUGAGUUGUAUUGUCCUAACAGAAUUUGACUUUCAAGGCAUUAUGUUUAUACCAUUCAGAUGCAGCAGACAAUUUCCAUAAUAUCUUGUUUACCCUGAGUUAACAAUGUUAGGAAGCUAGCAUUAGCUUUUCACUUGCUCUGUUUGGCUAGUAGCCAAAAGCUGCUAAUAGCUAACACUUAUGGAAGUGCUACUUUGUGAACCUCUUUGGAAACCUGCUCUAAUAUGUCAAUCUUUAGAUCUCCAUUAAGACUGAAUUUAUAAACAGCUGAAACAGCAACCAAAAACAAAUGUGAUUACGACUUAUGUCAUCUUGACCUCAAUGGUGCAUGUCUAAAAACAUUAAAAAUUACAUUUAAAACAUAAUUUCUUCCAUACCUAAUUGAUCUCAACAUUUAUCACCUAAAAGAAGCAUAUAGGAUUCAAUAUAAAGCUUGUGUAUACUGGAGAAAAUGUAUUAAUUUAUUACAACAAUAUCUUUGACAGUGUUUGUGAUGUAAAAGUUGGAAAUGGAGAAUGUUAUUUAAUUAUUGCAUCUUGUAAAAAAGAGCAUGGUCCAUUUCAGUAGCAUGUGAGGCACUAACAAAUAUUUUAGGCUAAUUUUAUACAACCUUUUGAAAGAUUGUUUUAAAGGUAAAACUUAUUUCUUUGUUAUCGUUUGUAAUCCUGUUGGGGCGUAAUCUAUAACUAAAGUCUUUGUAUAGGAGCUGUUUGAAACUUAAUAAAACCUACUGCUAUAUUCCACAUCGGACCAAAAUCUCUACAGAACAACUUAAUGAAGAACAAGCUUUAUUUUUCUAUAAAUGUAGAUAAUUCAGUGGUUCUAAAUGGCUGACUCUGUCAUGAUAAACUGAAACAGGAUGUGGCUGAGGACAAUGAAAUCCAAACAGUGAAAGCUGGCCACAUGUCUGUCUCAUGACUGCAAUGCACCAUGUUGUAAAAUGACUCCAUUGCUCGAGUCAUUCACACUCACCAGAUUUAGUGUGGUUUUGUUGUCAUUACACUUUUAGAUAGUAGGCAUUUACUUGUCAUCCUGUCUCACACAAAGUGUUUUUGUCUGUCCCCUUUGACAAGAACAUUUCAAAAUAACUGUGUUAGAACUUUAAAUCAGAAUGCAGUAAUUCCCAUGAAAACCCAUAUGUGGCAAAAAAGUCUUAAAUCUGAAUUUUAGUAGUUUCAAACAAUGUCAUGGAUGUCUAUGAAUACUUUCCGUGGUCCCUUCAUUUUUGUAGGUUAACAAAACCAAAGACAGUUGAAAGUAAAUAUGACACACAUUGGUUUUGGAUUUUUUUAUGCUGUAGAGCUAUUGGCAAAAAAAAGAGAGAAAAAAUUAACAAAGAAAAAAAAAACUUUUUUGAUGUCAAAAGCGAUGUUAAAUAUUUGUUUUUCUGUGACUUCUGCCAAAUUUAAUAUGGUAAAAUUUGUGACUCCAUGAAUGUCUUCUUUUAAAAUCAUUUGUCUGAAAUAUCCACUGGCUCUGACAUGAAUGUUUGACAUUUUCCUUUUCACAAAUGUUCUGUUAAUGUUGAAAAAUCGAUAUGUAGAAUGUCUGUAAAAGAAAUGCUGACAAAGUCUGUGAGGAUUGUAAUUCCAUAACAGUAUGGCUUUUUGUGCACACACUGACAUGCAUAACCUAAAACAUACUCUUCAUUCCAAAUGCGGCACUAUGGUUUAUUCCAAGAACCCUUUAACAUUCAUGCCCUCAUGUUCAAUCUGCGCAACUUUAUUUCAUAAUGCAUACAAAAGCUUGGCUGUUUAUGUACAUUUAAUAAAUCAUGUAAGGGACUGUGCUAUCAGGUUUGCUUGAACAAAACAAUUAUCCAUAAGAAACUGUUUAAAUGUUUUGAUUAUACUCCAUAAAAAAUUCCAUUAUGUGCCUGAAUAUUCCUUUCAUCAAAGCCUCAGUGUGUCAAUAAAACAAUAUUUUUCUCUG